CCAAAUCUGUUCCACGCCUUUACCUGACUCCGUCUACUUAACCCGUUUCGUAUGGACUGCUCCGUGAACUAAUGCAGGUUCAUUUUCAGAUCCGAACCUGGCCACUACGGAGGCUACAUCUACUUUAUUUUCUUCUCAACCCGUCACAAAUUCGUUCAAGCUACAUUCAGGGAACCCUAACCUCAACUGCAGCAAUGGCGACUAAAUCGGGUUCUUCAAAGAGACCCAUGUGCCCGAUAUGCUCCAAGCCCGCCCGAAUUUGCCUCUGUACCCGAUUAAAAGCCCCCAGUCUCGAGAACUCUGUCGCCGUCACAAUCCUCCAACACAGCCUAGAGAAAAAGCACCCCCUGAAUUCUACAAGAAUAGCCUCCCUUGGCCUAAGAAAUCUCACCGUAGUUUCAGUAUCUGAUGUCAAUUUUGAAGGCCGGUUCGUCUUGGACUUCAGCUAUCCGGAUUCUAAAACGGGUUCGAGUCAUUGGGAUACGAAUAUCACUGAUUUUGGAGGAAAAGGAAAUGGUAAAAGAAAGUGGGAUUCUGUUCAGUGGCCUAUUCAAUGUAAUGGAUCAGAGAAAGGUUCUCAUUUCGUGAAGUUAACGGAAAGGCCAGAAGAGAAAAGGACUAAUCUUGCUGACUCUGAUGAGGAUUUUAGUAAAAGAAAUGAUUUUGGUUGUGUUACAGCUUCCAAUAGUGAAUCUUUAAUCACUGAAUAUGUUUCAGGACCAGCUUUUAGUCCAACUGAAGCAGUUUCUGGAUGUUCAGGAGAUGCUGUUGUUGCUUUUACUAUUGAGAAGUACGGCGCUAUUGCAUCUUUAUGUAACCAAAUGCAGAAACAGAACAAGUUUGAUCAGCUAUUGGCUUCUCAAAUAGCUGGUAACGAUUUAGGAAAAGGGUUCAGUGUAGUUAAGUUUCAGAGAAAGCAGUUGCAUGGAAUUGAUGAAUACGAGGAGUUUCAGGAGUUUGAAAUCAAAGUUCCCCCCGGAUCCGUAUUGCUUUUUCCUAGUGAAAGAGCAGUGAGGAUUGAGGCUAUUAAUUUCGAGGUGAAGAACUUGAUUCUGUUGGAUGGAACAUGGGCUAAGGCCAAGAGAAUGUACAGCGAGAAUCCUUGGUUGAAGCUUUUGCCUCAUUUGAAAUUGGAUUUAGAUGAGCUGAGCUUGUAUAGUGAAGUGAGGCAUCAGCCAAAGACCGAUUGUCUGUCGACUAUUGAGAGCAUUGUAUAUGCACUCAAGGCUUUGGGCGAAGACCCUGAGAAAUUGGAUGGUCUGCUAGAGGUCUUUAAAUCCAUGGUCGGAGAUCAGAGGCAAUGCAAAGAUGAAAGAUUGAGCAAAAUCUCUGUAAAGCCUUCACAAUCUUGAGCAUUGAUCUCAUCAUUUCAGUUUUCCAUAUUCACAAUGGGACUCUUCAUUAAAUUGUUGGGAUCUAAUUGACAGU